CUCGCAGUAUUGUCCCGUAUCCAGAGGGAAACAGACUAAAAUGGAACACUUUAAAGCCGCCCUGCUUCCGAUUGGUCGGGAAUUCACGUUUCUUCAUGUGUGUAAGAAACAACAUAUUUUAACAGUGUUAUGUGACUUGAAAAACAUGAUUUAUAAUCGCGCCACAAAUAUGAUAUGUAAGACCAAGGCUAAGCGACAUUGAAGAACAUUCAUAUCCUCACUAGAUUUGCAAUUGUGUCAAAACUGUGACCUGCAAGGCCAGACUGUUCACAUGCUUACUGGAUCAAAUUAUUCUUACAUGACCACCACCCUUUAUUCUACCAUUGUUUUGUUUUUAACACAAGUAUAUAUACUUCUACCCGAGUCGUGUGUUUUACCUCGUCUCACUACUGAAUUGUGCAGGUUGACCUGCGCAUCUAAUACGAAACAAUACAAUUCAACAUAAUAAUUGCGAUUUAGUUUAAGAUUAUUGCUUUUGUAUACAAAAAAUCUAAGCUUCAACGGUGCUGUGACUUCUGUAUUCAUAGUAAAAAGGUGGUCACCAGUGCCGUCUACCGACGAGAUGCGUGACUGCAGGUGAGGGGGGCGGAGCUUAUUUUCUUCUUCCUCGUACACUUUGCAAAUGGGUUUAUUCGAAGAAAGCGGAAGACAGAAUGUGUGAAGAAUACCUUGUAGCGCGUCUCAACGACAGCGAAUACGCAAACUGGCUCAAAGCAGGACGUUGUCUGUAUAUCCUGAAAGACGUUCUCCAUAGCUUCACCAAUGAGCAGAUGCAAGGUUUUCACCAAGCUUUGCUCCGUAUGAAUCCUUCUCUCCGUGAACAAUGCCAACGAUCAUGCCAGUCCGGGGACAUUAAGCUUUCCAGGGCAUGUAGCCCGUGUUUACAGUGGAGGUCUGAGAUUCUCAACCACCACAGACAACCUAAUUCCAAUCUCAACUGGGACAACUGCAUUCCUUCUGCGUGGAGGACACGCCACUGGGAGUUGGCAAAGGCUUACAUGCCACGAGGUCAGGGCCAUGUGAAUGCAGUAGAUCAGUGUGAUCCUUCUGCUCUGCUCAACCUCAUCAACUUCUGUGACUGCUUUGCCUCUGUAAACUCGUAUAAAAAUUCAUCUUGUGUGAGAGAGCUGAUCAGAUGCAGGAAUUAUCUCAUGCAUUCUGCUAACCAACAUGUAUCGGAUGCAUGGAUGAUAAAGUUCAAGCUUGCACUGCAACAUUUUGUGCGUCUGUUCAGCGAAGUACGCGGAAUGCAAUUGGCUGAAAACAUGAUAAAUCGGAUGCUGGCUGUUGACUUGUCAAUAUCUUUUAUUGACGCUGUGGACUGUAUUCGCGAGGAACUAGCUACUGAUUCUGUGAUUGACGAUGUAACCCCUGAAUUAAUCACCAAAUGGGAGGCUGACUUGAUACGAGAGAUGCUGUGGGAGUUGCGGCAGAUGGCUGAAGAUGAAACAAUGGAUUCCAAUCAGCUGAAGAUGCUGGACAAUUUCCUACAGAAAAAUAAAGAUCUGACUGCGAUGUUUUCUCCAGAGCUGCAAGCCAUCAGCAUGUUGGGGGGUGGACAGAAGAAGAUUUGACAAACUGGCAGGGAUGAUGAGACGUCUGAUUGUCCGACAAUCUCUAAAUUGGGUCUUUAUGUACUUUAUUUCUAAUUGGGAAUUGGGCAAGCGCAGUAUGUGCUUGGAAGAACUUGAAGCCUAACGGUCAUAGGUUAUGAAAUGUAUUUUAGGUACAUUCUUGAAUUUGAAGGAUUUAAGUGGUUCCUUUUAUUUGCUAGCAUUUUUUCUUGCACUAUUGUUUAAUAUUGUAUUUAUUUUUGUCCCAUGUAUAUUAUGCAAGUAAUGGUGCACAAUACAAAGCAUUUCUUAACUAACGCUAAAAUCCAAAGCAAAAGAUAUGCUGGAAAAGUGUCCUUUUUGUAAAAUGCAUUAAUUGUAAUAAAAUGUGGCCAAAUAUUGGCACA